ACAUAUGACAACCGCAUAUAAUAAUCAUCCAAAAUGACAUAAUGUUGGCGAAAAGCAAGAGCUACAUAAAUAUGCAGCCAUCUCAACUGUAAAAUUUCAAAACGAGAGAACAAAUGACAUCGACGUUACAAUGAUGAUGACCGGAUAGUAAUAUGAUCUGCGAUGAUUAAACACUCCACGACACUUGAGAACUCUUGUUGUCCAUUUUGUCCCUGUUUAUCGUUACUGUAAGUGUCCGCGUAUAUAGAUUGCUGUAUAAUAUUUCUUCUGCACUCACACCGAUACACCACAUUGGCCUAUAGAGCACGCAAAUCUGCUGCAACUUUUGAAUGAUCGACACAGUUUACUUACAAGUUAACGGUGCCAACGGACAAACGUAGUUUGGCAUUACAAAGGUAACGCUUGUUGUAAUCAACUCUGUCAGAGGAGCCGCAACUGCUAACUUAUCAUGGAAAAUUUCAUUUUAUCCGACGAUAUUUUGGACCUUCAAAAUUUUUCGCCCACUGAGUUGUACAGCUUGUGUGAUUUUUUUAUUGACGAAUUUAUUAAGGAUCAAGAAUUUGCGGAUUCGUUCUAUGUUAGUGAAUUACACCUGGCCACGGUUCGCUUAAACUAUGUCGAAUUUAAAAAAGUAAUCGACAAAUGUAAAGACGUGAAUGCCAAAGAGCCAUUGUUGCAGCGCACCGCUCUUCAUUUGGCCUGUCUGCUUCCAAAUUUACGAUGCGAACUCGACCAAUUGAUAAGGAGUAUGCAGGAAGGAAACAACAGACUGAAAUAUUUUUUACGCCAGGAGAAUAAAGAUCUCAGGUUCGUCAAGCUUCUUCUUCAGCAAAAAUGCGAUAUAAAUGCCAAAGAUAUGUAUGAUAGGACACCUCUUUAUUACCUUUGCGACGGUGUAAAUUAUCACGAUCUCAGACAACAAUUAAGAGGUUUUGGUGAUGAUUUUAUGAACGCUGUCAUGAGGAAAGUCAGUAAAAGAAAGCUGGCCAUUAUGAACUUAUUGCUUGAUAAUUAUGCGGAUAUUGAAACAAAGGAUAUUAAUGGUUGUAGUUUAAUGCAUCUUGUCACCUGUUUUGACGAUGAUAUUCAAGCUAAAGAGACAGCGGAUCUUCUAAUUAAACACUAUAUUAAUGUGAAUGCUACUAUUCAAAAAGGCAGCGCAGUUACACCUCUUCUCAUGGCCAUUUAUCGACAACGAAUACCAUUAAUACACUUGCUCAUAAGAUAUUGUGCAAAUUUAACUAUAACAGAUGCUGAAAAUCACAAUUGUUUACAUGCAGCUGCCUACAACUUGGAUAAGCAUACAAUUAUUGCAUUACUAAAAGCAGGAGCUUGUGCUUGUGAUGUAUCUGUAUUUGGAGAAACCCCCUUGCAUAUGAUGAUCAGGAAAGAAAACCACCUUCAGAAUAUUUCAGAGAUUUACAAAGAAAUAGUAAAACAGUUGACUUCUUACGGAUGUGACAUCAAUUACAAAAAUGUAGAAGGUGAAACAGUAUUAUUCGUUGCAGCAUUAAGAAAAGAUUAUGAUUUGGUUCAAAUAUGUUUAAAUAAUGGUGCAGAUAUAAACAUAACAAAUAACUUAGGAGAAACUGUUUUACUACAUUGCAUUUCAAAUAAUAUUUCACAAUCGUGUGCAUUAUUAAUGAAGCAUAUAAAAAAGCUGGAAAUUUAUGGAUUGCAUCUAAACAAUGAGAAUCAUUUGCUCUUAAAUACCUUUGAAAGUCAAUAUGCUACUUAUAAUAAUACAUUUAUUAAAGAAUGCAAUAAAGAAAUUGAGAAAUUAAAAAAUAUUAAUAUAGUUAAAGGUUUAACAUUGUAUACAAUUUUAUCUAUGAGCCUACAUGAAAUUCAAAAGUUGAAGGACUAUAGUUUAGUUAUGAAAAAUUUGCAAAUGAAAAGUAAUUACUGUAGAAAAAAUUUUCCAGAAUAUUACUUUUUAUAUGAAAUACUUAUCACUAGAUUUAAAUUGUGGGAAAAGUGGUGUGACGAAGCAUUUACUUCGCUGAAUUUCAUAAUUGGACUUCAAAUACCUCACAAAUGUAUGCUAAAUAUAUUUAAAUAUUUAGAAUAUCGUGAAUUGUAUUUAAUUGUACAAGCCAGAAAAUUGAUUCUGUGAAUAAUAUUUUCA